UGUUUGCAAGGCUUUCCCACAUUCGUGACCCUAAUAAGAGCCGUCGGAUCAAGGGAGGAUGCUGUAAAGAUAAAGAAUCAAUCAAUCAUCUACAGGCGUCGUGCUCUGGUGGUUUUCGUUUCCAUGAUUGUCUGCUGUCCGUUGCUUUCUUAGAGAACAGAAUUGUAGAGACGGACGGAUGGAGCUGCAAAUCAAGGUGGCUCAGGCGGUUCGUGUCCUGAAUCACGACUCUCAAUCGUGCAACCGCGUUGCUGCCAAUCAAUGGCUGGUUCAGUUUCAGCAGACUGACGCCGCUUGGGAGGUAGCCACCUCCAUCCUUACCUCCGAUCACCAUCACCAUCACCAUCACCAUCACCAUCAACCUUUCCUAAACGAUUUUGAAGUCGAGUUCUUCGCCGCUCAGAUUCUUAAACGAAAGAUCCAAAAUGAAGGAUAUUAUUUGCAGUUGGGAGCUAAAGAUGCUUUGCUAAAUGCUCUUCUUGUAGCUGCUAAAAGAUUUAGUUCAGGACCCUCACAGCUUUUAACACAAAUCUGUCUUGCACUCUCUGCUCUUAUACUUCAUGCUGUCGAGCAUAGUAAACCUAUUGAGCAACUUUUUUACAGUCUUGAGAAUCUGCAAAGCCAGGAUGAUGGCAAUAUUGCUGUUUUGGAGAUGCUCACUGUCCUGCCUGAAGUUGUCGAGGAUCAAAGUACUGAUUCUAUUAUAAGUCCAGCUCGCCGAGGCGAGUACGGCCGAGAGCUUCUUUUGCGCACGCCUAUGGUUCUUGAGUUUCUGCUGCAGCAAUCUGAGAAAAGGCUUGAUGCUGGCAUUCAACUGCAUGAGAGGAACAAAAAGAUAUUGCGUUGUUUAUUGAGUUGGGUUCGAGCUGGGUGCUUCUCAGAGAUUCCCCCCAGCUCAUUGCCAACACAUCCACUUCUUAAUUUUGUGUUCAACUCUUUGCAGGUUUCAUUGUCAUUUGAUCUAGCCAUUGAAGUUCUUGUUGAGCUUGUGAGUCGACAUGAGGGGCUACCACAGGUUUUGUUAUGCAGAGUAGGAUUUCUUAAAGAAGUACUUCUUUUACCAGCUCUUACUAAUGGAGAUGAGAAGGUGAUUGGUGGUCUUGCAUGCUUGAUGUCAGAAAUUGGUCAGGCGGCACCAUCUCUGAUUGUAGAAGCAAGUCCUGAAGCACUUGCAUUGGCAGAUGCACUUCUGAGUUGCGUAGCAUAUCCAAGUGAGGAAUGGGAAAUAGCAGACUCAACUUUGCAGUUCUGGUGUUGUCUUGCAAGCUAUAUUCUUGGCCUCGAUGUGGACAGUGGCAAAAACAAGAAAAUUGCUGAAGAUAUGUUUUUUUCUGUAUUCUCAGCAUUACUUGAUGCUCUUCUAUUGCGUGCUCAGCGAAGAGCACAGUUGACGAGUUUGAAGAAAGAACACAGUUGGCGAUUGAACUCUUCUUCGAAGGCGACAGUGCUGGUCGACAGCAACACACGAUAUUCUGGUGCUUUUAUUUUUCAGGUGGAUGAGGCUACAUUUAAUGAUGAGGCCGUUGCACUUAACUUGCCUGAUGGCCUUGUGCAUUUUAGGAUGAACUUGGUGGAACUUUUGGUGGAUAUUUGUCAACUUUUAGGAUCUGCUACAUUUAUACAAAAGGUUGCUGAAGUAGUACUACCGGAAGGCCAAACCUUUGAUUUUUCAAUGGUCAUGCACUUGGUGACAAUCUUGUCCAAUAGGUCUUCUGAUGAACUGAAAGGCUUCAUGUGCAUUGUAUACAGAUCAGUUGCAGAUGUUAUUGGUUCCUAUUCCAAGUGGAUAUCUGCUUUCCAAACUAAUGCUAGAUCCUUAUUAUUAUUUCUUGCUGCUGGGAUUUCGGAACCUCUGUCUUCAAAUGCUUGUGCGUCUGCUUUGCGUAAAUUUUGUGAAGAUGCUUCUGCAUUAAUGUGUGAACCCUCAAAUUUGGAAAUUUUAAUCUGGAUUGGGGAGGGAUUGGAGAAAAGGCACUUACCUUUGGAAGAUGAGGAGGAAGUUGUUGGUGCAAUUACUCUAGUACUUGGCUUUGUUCAGAACAAGGAGAUAAGGAACAACUUGUUGGCUAGAACUCUCUCUCCUAGUUAUGAAGCUAUAGGGAAACUUAUUGAAGAUGAUCACGAGCAUUCUUUGAGGCAGAAUCCCGCUACUUAUACACAAGUAGUCAACUCUGCAGCAAGAGGGUGGUACAGGAUGGGAACUAUAUUCAGUCAUCUUGCAACACCUUUGUCAACUGGUCCUACAGCAGAUGAUCCCAUCUAUGCACUGCUGGGGGUUUUCUGGCCAAUGCUUGAAAAACUUUUUACGUCAGAACACAUGAUGAAUGGAAGUUUAUCAAUGGCAGCUUGCAGGGCUCUUUCACAAGCAAUUCAUUCCUCGGGCCAACACUUUGUAACACUAUUGCCCAAAGUAUUAGAUUGCCUCUCCACAAAUUUUGUGUCAUUCCAAAGUCAUGAUUGCUACAUUAGAACAGCUUCUGUUGUCAUUGAAGAAUUCAGUGGUAAGGAGGAAUAUGGACCUCUAUUCAUCAGUACUUUUGAAAGAUUUACGUAUGCAACAUCCAUAAUGGCUCUUAAUUCUUCAUAUAUAUGUGACCAAGAACCUGAUCUAGUGGAGGCUUACACUAAUUUUGCAUCUACCUUUGUUCGUGGCUGUCCUAAGGAAGCACUAGCUGCCUCUGGUUCCCUUCUUGAAGUAUCCUUUCAAAAGGCAGCUAUAUGCUGUACGGCAAUGCAUCGUGGAGCAGCACUGGCAGCAAUGUCAUAUUUGUCCUGUUUCUUGGAGGUUGGCCUCACAUCUCUGUUGGAAUCCUUGACUUGUGCCUCUGAAGGAUUAUUUGAUGCCAUGGCAAUUCAGGUCAUAUCUCAUAGUGGUGAGGGACUUGUAUCUAAUGUGGUAUACGCUUUACUUGGCGUUUCAGCAAUGUCAAGGGUUCAUAAGUCUGCAACGAUUUUGCAACAAUUGGCUGCAAUAUGCAGUUUAACUGAGAGAACAACGUGGAAGGCUAUUCUUUGUUGGGAGUCUUUGCAUGGAUGGCUACACUCUGCGGUCAGUCUCUCUCUCUAUAUAUAUAUAAAUAUAUGUGUGUGUGUGUGUGUGAGAGAGAGAGAGAGAGAAAUGCAUUGAAAUAGUAAGGUUGAAAUAGAAAUUGAUGAUCCUUUAAACGAGAUGCACAAAUCUGUUUAGACUGGCCACCAAUUUACAUCUGAGUAUCCUGAUGACAAAGUCCUGUGAGUGAUUGUUUAAGUGUUGAUAGCAAGUCUUCAUUUGUUCAUCAAAAUACCUCAUCAAUGUUUGAUGAAUUUUUUAAUACAGUGAGUUCAACUAUUAUAGACAAUUAGUUUAUGCUUUGUAAUCAGUUUUUCAAGUACUUGUUAGCGGUAUUUUGGUCAUUGUACUUUUACUUAAAAAGGUCGAAGUGAUUUUAAAGUGAGU